AUGGCGUCGUCGGGACAGGGUGCAGUUCUGGCGCGGCGCUGCGGCGGGUGCGACGGGCGCGAGGAAGCCGCGGUGGAGGCGAUGCUGCAGUGGCAGAAGGUGAGCGACCUGCUCAUCGCGGCGUCGCUGCUGUCCAUCCCGCUGGAGCUGCUCUACUUCGCCACGUGCGCCGCGCUGGCGCCGCUCCGGCGGGUGCUCCUCCAGCUGGGCACCUUCAUCGUCAUGUGCGGCGUGACGCACCUGCUGAACGUGCUCGCCUACGACCGCCCGGGCUCCCGCGCCAUCCUCGUCGCGCUCACCACCGCCAAGGUCCUGGGCGCGCUCGCCACCUCCGCCGCCGCCGUCUCCCUCCCGAUCCUCUUCCCGCGCCUGCUCCGCCUCAAGGUCCGCGAGUCCUUCCUCCGCACCAAGGCACGCCAGCUCGACCGGGACCUCGCCACCGUCCGGCGCCGCGAGGAGACCGUCUGGCGCGUCGUCCGCGCCGUCACGCACCACAUCCGCGACUCCGUCGACGCGCGCACCAUCCUCCGCACCACCAUGCUCCAGCUCGCCGCCGCGCUCGGCCUUAGCAACUGCGCCGUCUGGAUGCCCCAGCAGCGCGGCGGGAGCGGGACCGACGGCGGUGGCGUGCUCCAGCUCACGCACCAGCUGCUGGCAGACGACGACAAGGUGCUUCAUCACAGCGGCGGCGGCACAGUACGCGCCAUCUCCGUUCGUGACCCUGACGUGGCCGCCGUAUUGGCCAGCAAGGACGCCAAGGUGCUCAGCCGGCCAGGCUCGGCGCUCAAGGCGGCGAGCUGCCGGAGCCUGCCGACUCUGGCAGGAGCCGCGGCCGCCAUACGGAUCCCAAAUUUCCACGGAGGAGCCAUACGGCCGGCAUACACGUCAGAUCUGUUGAGCUACGCCAUCCUAGUCAUGGUCCUUCGAGCUGAUGAUGAUCACCACCAUAGAAGGCCACCUACAGGCUGGAGCAACCAGGACCUGGAGAUUGCGCAGGCCGUCGCCGACCAGGUCGCCGUCGCGCUGUCCCACGCGGCGGCCCUGGAGGAGUCACAGCUGAUCCGGCACAAGCUGGCGGAGCAGCACGGUGCGCUGCUGCGCGCACGGAGCGAGCUCGCGGCGGCGACCAAGGCGAGGAACACCGCCCACAGCGCGAUGCGGAACGCCAUGGGGAGGCCGAUGCACGCCGUCGUCGGCCUGCUCUCCGUGAUGCAGCAGGAGGCCGCCACGAUGCGCCCGGAGCAGAGGCUCAUCGUCGAUGCCAUCGCCAGGACAAGCGCUGUGUGCUCCACUCUCAUGGACGACGUCACGGAGACGCUGCCGAGGAUGGUGGACAUCCGUGACCCGCCGCUGUCGGCCAGUCCUACUCCUCCUACCCUGGUGUUGAGGCGGCCGUUCGAGCUCCGCUCGCUGAUCAGGGACGCGGCCUUCGCUGCCCGAUGCUUGUCCGGCUGCCGGGGCCUCGGCUUCUCGCACCAGCUGGAGGUCAAUUCCCUGCCCGAGUGGGUGGUCGGCAACGACAAGAGAGUCUUCCACCUUGUGCUGCACAUGGCGGGCUCUCUGCUCAGCCGAUGCCAUGGCCAUCGUGUCCUCUCGUUUUCUGUCUGCAGCUGCAGUAGCAUCGCCGGUGAGCACCACCACCAGGACUGGAUCCCGUCGCCACUGCGACCCAUCAGCUUCACCGGCGGCAACCAAGUAUUUGUCAGGUUCCAAAUUGGGCUGUCGAAGAGCGAUCCUGGGAGCUCGCCGGCAUCCCGCCCGCCCCAGUGUGGCAUCUCCUCCCCCGAUUCCGGCGGUGCCAGCAUGCGGCUCACCUUCGUUAUGUGCAAAAGGAUUGUGGAGAUGAUGAAUGGUGACAUGUGGUGGGCAUCGGAGUCUGAAGGCCUUGGAGAAACCAUGACGUGCAUCCUUCGGUUCCAACAGCAUCAGCCACUGAAUCCUCAUGUGCCUGGAUCAGGCACGUACCGGAUUGGAGUUGGAGCCUCGUCUGCGGCAGCUCCUCACCUCCACUUCAAAGGCCUGAGGAUCCUGCUUGCCGACAGCGACGCCACGAGCAUGGAGGUGACCCGGAAGCUCCUCGAGCGGCUCGGCUGCCAGGUGCUGCCGGUGUCGUCGGGCGCCGACUGCUUCAGCUUGCUGGGAGGCGCCGACCCGUCGUUUGAGCUCGUGGUUCUUGAUCUCGAUGGACACGGCGGCGGAGCCGGCACGGCAGCCGCCAUGGAUGGGUUCGAGGUGGCCCUCAGGAUCCGGGAGCUCAGUAGCACCUGCUGGCUGCUGGUCCUCGUCGCCGUGGAGGCCGGUGUCGAUGACAGCGUGCGUGACAUGUGCCGGCGGGCGGGAGUGGACGGGCUCAUCCACAAGCCCAUCACGCUGCCGGCGCUCGGAGCUCAGCUCCAGAGAGUCCUUCAGAACAACUGA